AUGACUCAUCUCGUUUUGCGUAUCUUCCCAAUCCUCUCUCCCUCAAACACAGCCUAAGUUUUGGAUGCACAACGUGCACACCAUCUAACAAAUUCCACUUAAAAUUCUAGAAAAAACUGUACAUGUGCUUCCAAUAGUACUACACAUACAUGUAAAGUCUCCGCUUCAAAGUUAUUUUUAUUUCAUCCGUUUUUUUUUAUAAAACUAAUAGUUUUAAGAAUAUAAGUAAGUUAGAAUUUGGUCUCUCUCUAUAUAUAAUGAAUUUUUUAAAGAGACUUCACACACAAUUACAAUACUAUUGGAAAUACAUGUAUAAUUUUUUCAAGAAUUUUUGAGGAUGCACCCGAAACUUAUUUGCAUAGGAUAGGUUACCUCCUUAAGUAGACUAGUGUCAGAGUAAUAUAUUACCAGCUCAGUUUUUUCGCGAACGCGCAAAAGGAUUACACGUCAAUAUAUUAGAAGAAAAAGAAUUUUUGUUACAAGGGAAGGGAGAAAAAGCAAAGCCAAAAACUGAAGCUUAGGAACUACUGCGGCAGCUAAAAGCAACUCCUAAACAGCGGGAAGGGGCAAAGCCACGCUAUCAGCUCAGCUUCACAUAGUUCUUUUCACUUAGCCAAAGUAGAGUUAUUCACACUGUUCCCUGAAGCUGGAGCAAAUUAGAGGAUUGCAUCUUCCGGCUGUCUUUUUGAUGUCACAAAUUUUCAGACUAUUUGAGAUCAUUUGCAGUAUGAGGAAUCUCCGAUGAGCCCGCUGGCAUGAUGGAGAAGUCCUACUUAGAGUUGUAGACAAAGCAUUGGACAUAAAAGAAAAAAAAAUCCUACAGACAGAGCAACAGGAUCAACGAGUAGUGAACCUCCAAUGUUGCCAAACAAGUGAUGAUGUGUUGCUUCAGAUGUUCAUUUGAUCAGAUAUGCUCAGAUCCUUACAACUUGGCAGGUGAAUACAAAUGGUGGAUCCUGCUUACGAUAUCUGAAACAAGUUUCAACAAUCAACACCGAUGAAACUUCCACGUACCUCUGUUGUUUCGUUCUUUUUGUGCUUUUGUCAUCCAUAAGAACCCAACAGUACAAUCUCUUGAGCGUGCAGCUUACUCUGCUUGCAAUGCAUGAGACAUGACAACACAGCAAAGGUUAGUUAGCAGUGUACCUGGAAUUAGACAACAUCUGAAGGGCAUCACCUUGUCUGCAGCUGCAUUGGCCAUGCAAUCAAAGAGCAGAUGGGAGAGCAGAGCAGUGGAGAUUCCUGCUGUCUCUGCAUAAUUUGCCUCAUACCAUCUUCUCAACCUCCUGAUUAUAAGUAGGGAGAGUUGGAGCAUUAGCACCACCAGUUCAUCAUCUGCUCCCAACACUCAGAGUCUGAGGCAUAGCACCAAAUUUCAUUCCAAACAUGGCUGGCCAUCAAAGAUCGACAAGCCUGCCGUCUAUGCCUCACCCCAACUACAUCAAGAUCGAAGAAGAGCUGCGCAACAUAUGCUCAGGCAUCUCAUCGCCAUCCGCCACCAUCGAAAUGGUGUCUGACGCUCUGAGGAGGCUUGGUGGCGUCUACAACUGCAUCAACGAGAUCAUAAGCUUGCAUAGCAACCAAGCACAUGGCAAGAAGCUGGAGGAAGAGAUGGAGCGGUCUCUGGAGGUGCUGGAUCUUUGCAGCGCCAUGCAAGAGAUGUUCGCUGACCUGAAGAUGACCAUCCAAGAGCUGCAGAUGGUUCUCAACAGGGGAGACCAUGCAGUUGUUCAAGUGAAGGCUCAGUCAUACAUCCGCCUGGUGAAGAAGGCUAAGCAUCACCUGAAGAAGGCCAGCAACAAGUCUACCUCUGAUGAGGAUGGAAGGCUUGUCAGUCUGUUGACAACAGCGAGAGGGAUCACUGCCUCGGUCCUGAAAUCUGCCCUAGAGCUCCUGUCGAAGCAAAUCUCCACCUGCAAUCCAAGCAAGUGGUCUCUUAUCUCCAAAUCGUUCCAGAAGGCCAAAGUUUCAUGCGAGGAGGUGCAAUUGCAGGCAUUAGAGUUGGGCAUCGUUGGCCUAGAGAGCGGAGCUGAGAAUCUGUUCAGGAGAUUGAUCCAAACCAGGGCUUCCCUUCUGAACACUCUUAGCUCAUAGAUGCUCCAUUGGCAUUGGCAUCCAACUUUUAUAGGACCUGUCAAUCACCACAAAUUUUGAAUAAUAUGUACGUAAGUCUAAAUGUAUAGCAAGAUACAUAAU